AUGGCCAAAUCACAAGACCACUCACCAAAUGUUGGUCCGCUUCAUCUCCAUCUCCAUCUCCAUCUCGGAGUCCGAUUCAUAGGUCUCAUCUCAAUGCACAUCAGUGCCCGGCGUGAGCAGAGCAGCGCCCCCAUCAAGUUAAUGACCGGCACAAUCUUCCGCUCCCCUGGCCCCCGAGUCUAUCAUAAUGCAAACGCAUGUAACACACCAUCGUGUAGAGAAGAACUGUUGAACACAACAUAUACCAGGAUCAACACAGCCGCUAUCACAAAUCCUACACUCGAAAUGUAA